AUGAAAUCAAGUUCCGUUCUGCUUCUUUCUUUAUCGUUGUGGUUGACUCUUAUCGGAAUUAUUGAUUGUGGUAUUAAUCCUGUCGUAUUACCACAUUUACCAUAUACCUAUCACGAGUUGGAGCCACACAUUGAUCAAGCCACCAUGAAAGUGCACCACAGUGGCCAUCAUCAAGCCUACGUCAAUAAUUUAAAUGGAGCCAUUGAAACUCUUUUGAAAAGCACCAAUGACGAUAUUCAAAAAUUUAUUUGGCAAGCACAACGAAUUGAAACCUUGUUGGCAAAUUUACAUUUAUUACCAGUGGAUGAAGCUACAAAAAAGAUAAUUCGAAAUAAUGGAGGUGGAUUUGUAAAUCAUAAUUUAUUCUUUGAGUUGAUGAUGGAUGAAAAACAUAGAACAUCAAAACCAAGUGAACGAGUGACUCGAGCGUUGAGCAAAUACUUUGGAUCUGUUGAUGAAUUUAUUAAGCAAUUCAAUGAUCAAGCUUUGAAAGUGUUUGGAAGUGGAUGGGUCGUUCUUGUGAAAAGAACAAAUUUGAAAACUCUCAAGUCAGAAUUGUUGAUCAAAACCUAUGCCAACCAAGAUAGUGCUUAUAUGAAUGAACAAUUACUGACAAACUCCCAAAAAGGCUCAUCGUCCAACACUGUAGAAUCUAUCGACGAACCAGUGCUUUUAUUAGACGUUUGGGAACAUGCUUAUUACCUCAAACAUCAAAACAAACGAGCUGCCUACGUGUCAGAUUGGUGGAAUGUUGUUCAUUGGAGCAAAGUAGAGGAUCGUUUAUUUAAGUGUGAAUUUGAUGUUGAAUUUAUUGAUGAUGUUGAACUCAAACACCGUUCUUCAUGUAACAACAAGGAUGAGCUUUAA